GAUGAUGUGAGGCAGAAAGUGCACCUGAAUACCUUUGGUUUCUUCAAGGAUGGUUUCAUGAGUGUGAAUGUCAGCAACCUUUCCCUGAAUCCAGAACCAGGCCCUGAUGAGAAGGACAGUUUAUUAGUGGGGUUCAGCUUGGACCGAACAAGGAAUGAUGGUUUCUCCACUUACCUGGAUGAAGAAGUGGAUUAUUGUAUCUUGAACAAGACUCCAGAGCCAGAUGUCUCUGUUGUGAUUUUACUUCUGGACAUCCAACAUGAAGUUGUGAAAGUACAGUUCUCUUCAAAAGCUGCUUCUUUGUUACCUAAAAUUGUAUUUGUAUCUGAGGAAAAUGGUACUGCCUUAAAUACCAAGCUGCUAAAAUCUUCUGAACUGAGCAGUGAUUCUGAUAGAAGUCCUCAAAAGACCAGUGAAAAUACAGGUAAUGAAGAUAAGGAGUCCAAACGAAGUACAACAUCCUCCAAGGACAUGAUAGAACAACAACAUCCUGUACGCCAUGUCCAAGGAAUUUUUUCAUUUCAGUUCUAUUUUAACAUCAGCUCGGACAAACAAGAAGGUCUCUACAGCCUGUAUUUCCAUAAGUGUGCUCGUGAGAAAGGGCCAGCUAAUGAUCAGCAGCUGUUUAGUCUUGAUAUAGAUGUUACGGAAAAGAAUCCUGAAAGCUACCUCUCAGCAGGUGAAAUCCCACUGCCAAAACUUUACAUUUCCAUGGCUCUCUUCUUUUUCCUGUCUGGGACUGUAUGGAUCCACAUACUUCGGAAACGCAGAAAUGAUGUCUUUAAGAUCCACUGGCUCAUGGCAGCCCUGCCUUUCACCAAAUCCUUGUCCUUGGUCUUCCACGCGAUCGACUAUCACUACAUCUCUUCUCAGGGAUUCCCCAUCGAGGGCUGGGCUGUUGUGUAUUACAUCACUCACCUACUGAAGGGAGCUCUUCUGUUCAUCACUAUUGCCCUCAUUGGCACAGGCUGGGCUUUCAUUAAACACAUCCUGUCAGAUAAAGACAAAAAAAUUUUCAUGAUUGUCAUCCCACUUCAGGUACUGGCUAAUGUGGCCUACAUUAUCAUAGAGUCAACAGAGGAGGGGACAACUGAGUAUGGACUGUGGAAAGAAAUCCUUUUCCUGGUGGACUUGCUGUGCUGUGGAGCCAUCCUGUUCCCAGUGGUAUGGUCAAUAAGACAUUUGCAAGAGGCUUCAGCAACAGAUGGGAAAGCUGCCAUUAACCUAGCAAAGCUGAAGCUCUUCAGACAUUACUAUGUCAUGAUUGUGUGUUACAUUUACUUCACACGGAUCAUUGCAAUUCUCAUAAAGAUUGCUGUUCCAUUCCAGUGGAAAUGGCUGUACCAGCUGCUGGAUGAAAUGGCCACAUUGGUGUUCUUUGUCCUCACUGGGUACAAGUUCCGUCCAGCAUCAGACAACCCUUACCUACAGCUCUCUCAGGAUGAUGAGGAUGACUUGGAGAUGGAAGCUGUGGUGACGACUUCAGGAGUGAUGGAGGGCAUGAAGAAAGUCAAGAAAGUGGUGAAUGGUUCAGCAGAGCCUCAGGGCGAAUGGGAGAGCACAGCAUGAUGGACUGGACUAAGGCAGCACUUUCAGAGAAACUUUUUUAAUUUAUUAAUAUUACUCUCAGUGGAAAGGGAGCAACUUGCACUCCCCACCACUGAAACUGCAGAGUGGGGUGUGUCUAGGGAGAGCAAAGCAGUGCAGAAAUAUAACUAUUCCUUUGAUCAUAAGAAAAUGGGAUCUCCUGGUACCUGCAAGGAGCCUGAAGCUUUCCUAGGGAUUUUGGGUAGCUUUUUUUCCCCCUUUCUGGAUCGGUUCUUUAUUCUGAAUUGUUGUGUUCCUCAGAAUGUGUAAUACUAAUGUGAAGAGGGAUCUUCAGUGUGUAUGUAAAGAAUAUAUUUUAUAUAAUGCUCAUAUAUAUGCACACACACACACACUUGCUUUGUAACAUGAAUGCUGGGACUUGCAAAGCCUGUCAGAAGGUGGGAAAAGAAGAUAAAGACAUGUAAGUAUUUUUUUCCUUUUUAUAAACUCUCCUUUUGGCUUGGAUGGAACAUUGCAAAACAAAUGGAUGGGAACAACUGCAGUUAUUUGAGAGACUGAAGGUUAUUGGAUCAGAUGACUUCUGCCACUGCUCAUGCAAGUGUGAAAGGUGAUAAGUAUCUUCUUGUCUUGUCCCUGCAGGUGUCCACCUGAAUGUGUCAGGUUUUCAGAUGUGUUGCUAUACAGGAAAUGAGUGACUGUUCUCCAUUAAAGCACUAAGCCCAUAGUGCAAUAAGUAUUUAUGUACAUUGUCCCCUGUCCAUGGAGUUGCUCUUGACUCACCCCCACCUGACAAGAAGUACACAAGAGGUGUAAGACUGAUGGUUGCUUUCUAGGGGUCUGUAAAUGUUUACUUUCAAGCUGUGACCCAGAGCUUCAUAAAAUAUUUUCAAGGUAUUUCAAAAGUCACUCCUUUCUGGCAUACUGUAAACAGUGUCAGACACUCCAGUGGAAAUCUGUCUAGCCAUUUUACUGCAACAUAAAUCUCUGGUUCACAGUUACCCUGAGUUACUGGGUCUCUCUGGAUGGCUACUUGUACCUCUCUGGCUGUGUAGGAUUAAUAACACUGCUGUUUUGGGUGAGCUGAACUGGUCAAAGGAGUAUUGCCACCAAAACCAGCAACUCCUAGUCCUGUUUUUUUUUUUUUUUUUUUUGGCAGGAGAGGAAAAGAUUAUGACCAGAACCUUGAUGCAGAGGAAUAUAGAAUCCUUGAGUGUUAGCUGCAGACUUGCAGUGGAGUCUUUACAAACACAUUCCAAAAUGCCUCAUGUGUUUUCUCUGUAGUCCUUGGGGUUGUCAGUGGGGCAGUUGGUGUCCAGAGCUGUAGUAGUGAAAAUGGGUGCUCAUUUGGGAGAGGAUGGAAGUGGCUCACUGGUGGAGUGAGGAUUAGCUUUAACAAAAAUAAAUCAGCUCUAAAUCUCUGACCCACUGAAGCCUUAAUAUUCAUGCAGAGACAUUGCCAUGUGGUGCUGUGGAGCCAAGAGCUUCUGCCAGGGUGUCAGGAGAGGCAUCAGCAGAGCUCUGGAUGUGCCAGCAUUGCUUACAGACUCGUUCAGGAAUUGGUUUUGUGGAGGGACUGCAAAUCUGGGCACACCUGAUGAGAGGACUGUUAGCCUAAAGUUUAUUUUAUUCUUCAAGCUGAGGAGGAUUUCCUCCAGAAUCUUGAACCACUUCCUCACUCCUGAGCAGGGGUUGUGGAGCUCCUGGUGAGCUGUCUGUAGCAAGCCUUGCUGGUUGAGGAGCAGCAUCUCUUCCCCCAUUGCCACUUCUUUUCCCAGGUGUUGGUUCCAUGCACCAUGGAGGUGGUAGAAACAAAUCUACCUGCUUUGAUACCUGGAGCUGCUUUCUCUUCAGAUAAAGCACAAGAAGAACAUUUAUGUCUGGCUGCAGAAUCCUCCUCUGAUUUCCUCCUCAGCUGUUACUUCACAGUAAUCACAGCAGUGAUGGUUCCACUUUGCUGUCAUUGCCUUGCAGUGAGAAUUUUAGUGAGAAGAGAUCCUAUACCAAGGAAAGGCUGUUUGGUCACCUCUGGGCCUUUAGGCCUCCUGGAGGAAGAAAUCUACAUUUUUAGCCUGAAGUGUGAGAAAUUGGACCAUCAACAAACACAGGCAGUGCCAGCUCUUACAUGUAAAUGCAAUACCUGGAAAACUCAACCUCUGCAGUUCCUCUGUCCCUUGUCCUGCGUCCAAAGGACUGCUCAGACAGGCUGUAAAGCUUGUUCAGAGAAGCUCUGAAGACUCGAAGUGUGUUGGCACUGAGGUAUGUAAAGGAUAAGGAUGUGCUGUCAGGAACAAAGUGCAUCUGGACAAGGCCAUUCUAGAGCUGUUAAUCCUGUUGUAAACGAGAUGUGAAAUUGUCAGAGGUGUGCCAUUUCACCCAGAACCACGAGGGCUGUGCUGUGAUCCCAGGGAAUGCUGAGCUGCUUCCAAACAGCUGCCUGUUCCAUACCUCAGCAUCAGGGGAGCUGACAAUUUGGCAAGUACUGUUACCUUAGUCUCAGGUUUCUUUUGUUUUUUUUUUUUUUUUAUUUGCACUUUUUUUGCCAGAGUUGCAUAUGGUGUAGGUUUAUCUGCCAAGUCUCUGGCUCACCAGUCAAAGGCCAUAAAAAUGGGUCAUUUCUUUUUGUCUUGGCAGGAAAGGCCACAGCAGUAUUCUGGAAGUUAAUUUUUUUUACAAGAGCUUUUUCCAAGUUCAGCCCUGAGCUUCAGCAGUCAGCUCCACAACCACCUUCUGCUGGUGUUUUACACAGGAUGCCAAGCAGCAGGAAAUGGUCAGACCUGAGCAUUAGGAAGGAAAAUCAGUCAUGGACAAGUCAAAACCCAAAAGAUUCUUAUUGUGGCCAUUUCCAAAAUGAAUUUUUUCUGGUGCAAUUCCGUGGAUCAGGACAGAAAGAUCUGUUUUGAUGGAUAUGAUGGAUGGGAUGGCAGCUGGGAUGUUGGAGAUUGGAGAUGGCUGCAGUUGUGCUUCUCUCCAGCACAGCAAGUACUGCACUGCAAAGCAUCCAAGGCAGGAUUACUCCCUCCCCUCCUGCCCAGGCACACCCAGAGCUGCAUGGCUGGCAUUGCAUGGCUCCAGGGCCAGGGGAGUGCAGCAGCUCAGAGCUCCCCAGGCAGGAUAAUCAGUGCUUGCCUUUCACAUGCUGACAGCUGCUUAUCUGCCAGGAAGCUCUGCCUCUCCCAGGGAGGGAAGAGAGGAGCUGUUGUGGAUUACAGCUCGUUUAGGAAUGUGCAGCUUUGCUUCCCUGUCGCUGCUUUUACUGAAGUGAGGAGCUGGAGCAAUCUCCAGCAGUACCCAGCAGAGAGUGACAGGAGUCCUGGAACAGCAGCUCUGCUGCAAUGGGAACAAAUGGUUUGAAAGCUUUCCCAGCCCAGCACUCAGUCCCCUCUGCAGACAAAAAUGAGAUUGGUUCAGUCUUCACGUGCAAUGCAGGAUGUGCCCCAGUAAAUCCCCGUGGAUGCUGACAUGCACAUGGCACUGCUGCUCUCCUUCCUGCUCAGCAGGCUGGCUUCCAGAGGAAGCUUCCUUGCAGUGCCACUGCCAGCCCCUUGCAUUCUUCGGGCUGGAAAAUGUUUUCCUUGAUGGUUCAUCAAGAGACAUACUAAAAGAAAGCCAGACAUAAUGGGGUCAUGUGGAACAGUGCUGCUGCCUGCUGGAGUGGAGCAGUUGGAGUUGAAGAAGCCACAUGCUGUCCUAUUAAGAUGCUCUUUCAUGUUGUCUGUUGUGAUGUGUGCAGUGCAUUGUUCAGUGUUUCCCUCCAGCUCAGUGCCCUGUUCCUGGAUUUCCAUGCUGGCAUGCCCUGGGAGAGCAUGUUGUAAAAAUUUGCUGCAUUGCAGCAUUUUGUCUGGAGCUCAUAGUGUGGAAGAUGUAUUUUUUCUGAGCUGAGUGGACUCUCUCUGGCACGAGUGUGCAUCCACCAUGUGUCCUUGAGCACUGUAGCAUUCCUUUGGCCAUCAAAGGCCAUGUCCCGAUCACUCCAGUGUGCACAUCUGAUGCAAGUCCUGUAGAAGAUUUUUUGUGUUAGGUCUUUUUUCCUUACUGUGUGUUCCUCUUAGAGAAAAGCAGUUGAGCCACUGACAAUCAAAUUGAUGAGAAGGGAGGGGAUUUUGUUAUUUGUUUGAAAACUGCCCAAUUUGAAGCAAAUACUGGGUACUGUAGAUUCUAUUGAGCUCUGAGAACUGGAGUUCUUUAGCUACUAAGGAGAGGGAAGGAAAUCUUUCUUCCUUUAGCCUACUUGGUUUGUCUCCUUCAAUUUGACCUGUCAUGCUAGCUAACAGAUUGCUGUCACUUUAAAGAAGAUGUUUUACAGCUCCUGUGUGAUGAUUUCUGCUUCACUCCUAGAGCACAUCCCCAUUUUUCACCUGUGUACAAAGAGAGCAGCUGUGGUGUGCAGCAGUGGGAGGUGCAGUGAGGUUUGAACAUAGUGGGACUCACACUGAAACUGUGACCCUGUGUGCAGUGCCAGUGGCCUCAAUGUUUCAUGAAAGCUGAGGUGGUGCUGCCCAGAGACACUUGGCCAAUGUUUGUGUUCCCUGGGGCUGAUGUGCUGUAAAACAUUGUUUUAAAUUGAAUUAAUUUGGCUUCUUUUUUUGUAGCUGCUAGAUACAAUACUUUUGGGCUGAUAAAUCACUUUUCCUUAGCAAUACUGGGAAGCUGUGCAUUUUCCCUUUGUGGUGUCUUGCCUGGAUAUAGCAGUGAUCUAGUGAGAGCUGCACAUGAUCUGUGCUCCCAAGUGGCUGGAACAGGAUGUAGGAAAACAUCAAUACUCAGGUGUUGAGUGGUGUAGGAAGAAAAUGGCUGAGAAAAGAGUCACUCCUUUUAGGCUGACUGGCUCAAGAACCCAUUUAUGUUUUGUCUGCAGCAAUCCUCUAGAAAGGACAAUUCUAAAUAAAUAUUUCCCUGUGGGAUUUCACUCAGUGUUCUGCUCUCUGUGUACUGAAGUAGAGUCCGACCUCCACAUUAUCAGAAGCACUUCAUCCUGCAGCCAGUGGAGCUGGUACCUGCUCUUACAACAGAGUAUGGGGCUAAAUAGCUUCCCUUGCCCUUUAGGAACUAUUAAUAAUUAAUUCUAGAUCCUCUUGUGUCAUUAAGCAGCUUUAGGGCACCUUGUACAAUGUAGCUUUGAAUUCAUUCAGUAAAUGACAUCCAGAAGAACUAAAAAAGACUUUUCUGUGUACAGCAAGGUCCAGUUCUUGGGGUUUUGGUGACCUGUAAAUAUCCUAUUCCUCAGUUCCUGUUCAGAUGUAAAAAUGGAUUUUUUUCAGUAUUUUUUUAAACUUUAUUAAAAGAACAGCAAACAGUAUUUGAAGAGAAGCAAGGUAGAGACAAGUCAGAACAGUCUGUGUAACUUGGUUUCCCUGCUGUGAUGCAAAUGUGUAAAAUAAAGAUUGACCAGAAA